CAUGAGGUGGAAAAGAUGUUUACGCUCAAGCCGGGCCGCCUGCCCCAGGCUGACGUCAAGAACAUCAUCUUCUUCGUCAGGCCCAAGCUCGAGCUGAUGGACAUCAUUACGGACAACGUGCUCAGGGAAGACAGAGGCCGUUCUCCCCAGAGGGACUUCCACAUCCUCUUUGUGCCGCGCCGCAGCCUGCUCUGCGAGCAGUGGCUGAAGGAGCAGGGCGUGCUGGGGUCCUUCAUCCACCGAGAGCAGUACAGCCUGGACUUGAUACCCUUCGAUGGAGACCUGCUCUCCAUGGAGUCUGAGAGCACAUUCAAGGAAUGUUACCUGGAGAGUGACCAGACAAGUCUGUACCAUGCGGCAAAGGGGCUGAUGACACUGCAGGCUCUCUACGGAACAAUCCCGCAGAUUUUUGGGAAGGGCGAGUGUGCCAGGCACGUGGCUAAUAUGAUGAUCAGGAUGAAGCGCGAGUUCCCCGGAAGCCAGAACUCUAUAUUUCCCGUCUUUGAUACCCUCUUGUUGCUGGACCGCAACGUUGAUCUGCUGACGCCGUUAGCUACGCAGCUGACAUACGAAGGGCUGAUAGAUGAAAUCUAUGGGAUUCAGAACACUUAUGUGAAACUCCCUCCUGAGAAGUUUGCCCCGAAGAAGCAGGGUGAGGGUGGGAAAGAUCUCCCCACAGAACCCAAGAAGCUCCAGCUGAACUCUGCUGAAGAACUGUAUGCUGAAAUCCGAGACAAGAACUUCAAUGCUGUGGGGUCAGUGCUGAGCAAGAAAGCCAAGAUCAUCUCAGCAGCCUUUGAGGAAAGACACCAUGCGAAAACCGUUGGAGAGAUUAAGCAGUUUGUCUCACAGCUGCCACACAUGCAGGCAGCAAGAAGUUCUCUAGCAAACCACACCUCCAUUGCAGAACUCAUCAAAGACAUCACCACAUCUGAAGAUUUCUUUGAUAAUUUAACAGUGGAACAAGAGUUCAUGUCUGGAAUAGACACAGACAAGGUUAAUAAUUAUAUUGAAGACUGCAUAGCUCAAAAACAUCCAUUAAUCAAGAUCUUACGUCUCGUUUGCUUGCAAUCUGUAUGCAAUAGUGGACUGAAGCAGAAGGUUCUGGACCAUUAUAAAAGAGAGAUUCUCCAGACUUAUGGCUACGAACAUGUAUUGACCUUAAACAACUUAGAAAAGGCUGGACUCCUGAAACUUCAGACAAGUGGUAGGAAUAACUACCCAACGAUCAGGAAAACCUUGCGCCUAUGGAUGGAUGAUGUUAAUGAACAGAACCCCAAUGAUAUCUCCUAUGUGUACAGUGGCUAUGCUCCGCUGAGCGUACGCCUGGCACAGCUACUGGCUCGGCCAGGGUGGCGGAGCAUAGAGGAGGUUUUAAAGAUGCUGCCGGGUCCCCAUUUUGAGGAGAGGCAGCAGUUACCUACUGGCCUUCAGAAAAAGCGUCAACACGGUGAGAACCGAGUCACUCUGGUGUUCUUCCUGGGAGGUGUGACAUAUGCAGAAAUAGCGGCACUGAGAUUUCUGUCCCAAAUGGAAGAUGGAGGCACAGAGUACGUCAUUGCCACUACAAAACUGAUCAACGGAACAAGCUGGAUCAAAUCCUUGAUGGAAAAACUGGAGCCUGCCCCUUUCUAGGAUCUGUGGCAAGAGACAGUAAACAUGCGAGUUCCCGUAUGACACAGCCACAUCAGCUU